GGUUACGGUUAUACUUAUAUUAUAUCAUCAACAACAGUUGUUUUUUUGGAGGCGAAAGGAAAACGAUCUUCGAAUAAUGCCGAAAGCUCGGAAGAAAAACUCAACAAAUAUACAGAGCAAAGAUGUAGCUGUUGGUAGCCCUGAUAAAGAAGCACCAAUGACAACCCCUAAGCGAAAAUCACCUACUCAGGGAUCAGCUUCUCGACAGAGGAGAAGAAAAGGAUCUGCAAAUAGUACUCCGAAGAAAAAUUCACAGACGGAAGGUGUAGCUGUUGUUAUGCCUGAUUUGCGGUUAGAGGCAAGACUCACAGCCCAGGAAAAUUCACGGAUGUUUGCAGGAAAAAAAUUACAUCCUUUUUUUUCAUCAUGGAAGGAAGACAAGAAAAAUCGAGAGGUGAUUGAUGUUGAGGGCAAUAAGUUUGUAGUUGGUAGGCAAAAUAAAGAGAAGACUUGUGCCCCGAUUCAUGUAUUUGAAAGAAGCCAGGACACUGACAUGCCCCUUGACUGGGGAACCUGGAAAUUUUCUGAGGAGACCGUUAUGAAAAGCCUUUGUGACCCAGAAAGCACAUGCCAAUUUAUUUUUGAAGGCUCCACCGAGUCCUUAAGUUUUCAAAAGUUUCCUGUUAUUUUACACCCCAACAACGCAUCAAGUUUUCAGGCUAAGGUUUCGUCAGACUGUGUUAUCCAAGAAGAUUGCAUCUAUGAAACAUUGCCAACAGAUAAUGAAAUAGAGGAUAGUGAGAUGAAUAAUGUUCAUUCCUUUGGUGGACCUACUGGAGCGGUAAGAAAUCCAAACACUAGGGAGGGAAGUAGAUUUGUUGAGGACAGUUCAAAUGGUCAGGCAUUUGGUUUGCUCCCACAAGGUUUGAGUCAACCAAGGAAUAGCUUAUGGACUUACAGUUACCAGCCAAAAACUGCCACGGAGGUAUGUGGUAAUGUUGAAUCUGUGAAGUUUUUGAGCGAGUGGCUACAAAAAUGGCGUGAAAGAAACUUUCAAAUCGGCAAGGAUCUUAUUGAUUGUGAUACAAAUGAUAGGGACAAAGAUGAUUAUAUCUGUUCCGAAAAUGACUCUGAUUCAGAAAGCCAAUAUGAGGAGGAUAGGCUUAAAAAUGUCCUCUUAGUUACAGGACCAGUUGGGAGUGGAAAAUCUGCUGCUAUUUAUGCUUGUGCGCAAGAGCAAGGAUAUGAGGUUUUGGAGGUCAAUGCAUCUGAAUGUCGAAAUGGAGCUCUUGUGAGGCAGAAGUUUGGAGAGGCUCUUCAAUCGCGCCGAGUUAUAAGGUCACUGAAAAAUGCUGAUGGUUCUUCAAAUGAUCAUGUUCUGAAAUCCUCUGCAGCUCUGGCUAAUGGCUCUGCAAGUCAAGAAUAUGACGUUGGCAGUGCUGAAGUGAUAGCAUUAUCAGAUGAAGAUUUUCAUAAAGAAACUGGAGAUGCUGGAAUUUUUUAUCACGAGGAGGCUGAAAGUUGCUCUUAUAAGAGUGAAAUUAAACCUUUAAUUCUUUUUGAGGAUGUGGAUAUCAUUUUUUUUGAAGAUCGGGGUUUUAUUGCCGCAGUGCAACAGAUUGCUAACACUGCCAAAGGACCCAUAAUACUGACUAGCAAUAGUCACAAGCCUUUCCUGCCAGAUAAUUUAGACAGAUUAGAGAUCUGUUUUACACCGCCAUCAAUGGAGAUGCUGCUUUGCCAUGCAUAUAGCGUUUGUGCUGCAGAGAGAGCCAACAUCCACCCUCAUGUCAUAGAGCAAGUAAUUGAUUCUUGUCAGGGAGAUAUACGUAAAAUGAUUAUGCAUCUUCAGUUCUGGUGCCAGGGUAAUAGCUCUAAGAAAGGUAAGAAAAAUAAAAGGGCAGAUGGAUCACUGCUAUUUAACCUGGAGGCUGGCCAUCAGAUCCUUCCAAAAUUAAUAACAUGGGACUUACGUUCUGAGUUAUCAGAACUAGUUGAGAAAGAGAUUGCCGAGUCAUUUUCCAGGGAAGAAAAUUCUAAAUUAAUGUAUAUAAUUGAGGAUAUAUUUGAGGACAAGCAGGAAAUACCAUUUAGUAAUAAUGUUCAAAUAGAAUCUAUAGAGGCAAACAAGGAAGCAAUGUUGAACCUCAGUUGCUCUGUUUAUGACUAUGAGGAGUUUAGAGGUCAACUUGAUACUAAUGAGGUUUCUGAUAAUUUAGACACCCCAUUUUCAUGCAUACGGCAGAAUGUUCGGAAAAAACAUGAUGUAGUGUCUUCUGAUUCUGAAGAUGCAUUAGUGAGUAAUGGGUGUCCCAUAUUUUUAGAUGGAGACACUCACAAUGAACCAUUAUUUGGAAGGAGCCUAUUGUUUAAGGAGCAACAUGGUUCAAUUACAGCAAAUAUAGAUGAAAGACUUUAUCACCCUUCACACUCUCCUGGCUGCAUCCCAGUAAAUGAUGAAGGCAAGUCAGUUGAUGUGUCAUGUGUUGCAGAGUCAUCAUUUGUUCCAGAAACGGAAUUUAACAAUGGUAGGGAGCAAGAUGUAACAGUAUCCUGUGGUUUUGUUAGGGAUACAUUGGAAGAAGUUUCGAUGAGCAACAGGUUACCAGUUGAAGAUGAAGAAGUUGAUAUGACAAAACCAGAAAUAUUAAGAGAAUCACAUACCUUGUUAAGUAAUCGCAAUGUAAUGGCCAAACUUUUCCAAGAAGAGGUGGAAGAUUCUCAAAAGGAGCAUGUAGAGGCUGCUGGAAUAGUGUAUCAGAACAGUCAGAUUUUGGAUCAGUGCAGCCAAAUGGACUGUAGCAGAACUUUAAAAUGUGAAGAGAAGCCUAAAUCCUUUUUGACACCUGAUUCGGUACAACAUUCAUGGAGCGAACUUCGUAGGCGCUAUGCAGAUUUGUCACAGUAUGUGAGUUCAGAAGAGCGGCAUGCUCUCCAAGUUGUACAGCUCACUCAUAAAAUGACUAAUCUAAUCUCAGACACAGAUGUUUUGCUACCCAACCAUGAACUACUAACAAGUGAUUCUUUGGAACCAUCAUGGAUCACAUCUGAGGAGUCAGAUGCAUACAGCUUUCUUAAUAAAAGUCGGUUCGCUUCCACAACUGCACAGCAUGGAUUUUUCUUGUUUGCAAAAGAUAUUGCUGCUGUUGGAUCAACAAUGGGUUCAGUCUGCACUGUUGAUUUCACCUCAAUGCUGGGCUGUGCAACUGGUCAGCUAGCUUUGGCUAAAUUAGCUGAGCAGGAUAUGUCAGCUAGUAGAACUACAUUGACUCGAAGAAAUUCAGAACUGAACCUCCCAGAUACUGAUGUUUCUUUUGAAAGUGAAAACAAAUCACGUCUUGUUGAUGUAGUUCAGUCCAUUGUUCCUUCGAAAUCUUUCAUGACACUGAAAGGUGCAGCAUGUUAUGAGUAUCUUUCUUCACUGCGUUGCAUUUCGAAAUCAGAAGCUUCUCGCUUAUCAGAGAACUCUGUGAAACCAAGGAAACGCAGGAGGUGGGUUGAUCGACACUACUUAAGUAAUGGUAAGCUGAUGUUGACGCCUGAGAAAAUAUCGGCACUUGGUCAAAUUAACAUGCCUAAAGUAAAUUCUUCUCGAUGCUGAGAUGCUGUUUAGAAUUUUGAUUUCAAAUCCAGGAAAACUAACAAAGCCCCUGUGGUAACUCUGCCUCGGGGGCCAGAUAAUUACUGAUUUAAUUUAAAUUGAUUAGUUACUUAGUAAUAGUGAUUUGGUCUGUCCAUGGCCAGUAGUAAUAAUGAUUUGACCUGCGUCCAUGGCCAGUAGUAAUAAUGAUUUGACCUGCGUCCAUGGCCAGUAGUAAUAAUGAUUUUGGCGUGUGUCAAUGGCCAGGCAAAGUUUCCUUAGGUAUGACAAUAAGAGAGUAUGGAUUUGAUUAGGAAGUUGACUAGUUGAGAUAGGGUUAGUUCCCAUUUCUCCGCAAGUAAGUGUACACUCACUGUACAGUGCUUUUAGUUUUAGUAAAAAUGAAUAUUUGUUGUACUAAUAUGCCAACUCAAUUAACAAUUUAAGUUAUAUUAUUAGAGCUUGAAAUGUUGGCAA